AUGGCUUCUGAGCGCGAAAGCAAGACUUUCCUCGCCCGCCUCUGCGAGCAGGCCGAGCGUUACGAUGAGAUGGUUACCUACAUGAAGGAGGUUGCCCACCUGGACGGUGAGCUCACCGUCGAUGAGCGCAACCUGCUGUCGGUCGCCUACAAGAACGUCGUCGGAACGAGACGUGCGUCGUGGCGCAUCAUCUCCUCCAUCGAGCAGAAGGAGGAGUCCAAGGGCUCGGACAAGCACGUCGGCACCAUCCGCGACUACCGCAACAAGAUCGAGCUCGAGCUCGAGAAGGUCUGCCAGGAUGUCCUCGACGUCCUCGAUGACAGCCUGAUCCCCAAGGCCAUCUCUGGCGAGUCCAAGGUCUUCUACCACAAGAUGAAGGGUGACUACCACCGUUACCUGGCCGAGUUCGCCUCCGGUGAGAAGCGUAAGGUUGCCGCUACUGCUGCGCACGAGGCCUACAAGAGCGCCACCGACGUCGCCCAGACCGAGCUCACCCCUACCCACCCCAUCCGCCUUGGUCUUGCCCUGAACUUCUCCGUCUUCUACUACGAGAUCCUCAACUCGCCCGACCGUGCUUGCCACCUGGCCAAGCAGGCUUUCGAUGAUGCCAUUGCUGAGCUCGACUCUCUGUCCGAGGAGUCGUACCGCGACAGCACCUUGAUCAUGCAGCUGCUGCGUGACAACCUGACCCUCUGGACCUCGAGCGACAACGCCGAGGGCGAGGGUGCCACCCAGGAGGCCCCCAAGGAGGACAAGCCCGCUGAGGAGGAGAAGAAGGAGGAGGCUGCUCCCGCCGCCGCCGCCGCCGCCGCUCCCGAGUCCUAA